AUGAAGGGGGAGAACGUGACCAAGGUCAGCGCGUUCAUCCUGCUGGGCUUCCCCACGGCGCCCGGGCUGCAGUACGCGCUGUUCCUGCUCUUCCUGCUCACCUACCUCUUCAUCCUGCUGGAGAACCUGGCCAUCGUCGUCACCGUCUGGAGCAGUGUGGGCCUCCACCGGCCCAUGUACUACUUCCUGUGCUCCCUGUCCUGCCUGGAGGUCUGGUACGUGUCUGACAUCAUCCCCAAGAUGCUGGGCGGCUUCCUGCUGCGGCACAACCGCAUCUCCUUCGUGGGCUGCAUGACGCAGCUCUACUUCUUCAGCUCCCUGGUGUGCACCGAGUGCGUGCUCCUGGCCUCCAUGGCCUACGACCGCUACGUGGCCAUCUGCCACCCCCUGCGCUACCAGGUCAUCAUGACCACGGGGCUCUGCGUCCGGCUCGUGGUCUUCUCCUUCUUCAGCGGCUUCGGCAUCUCCGUGAUCAAGGUCUACUUCAUCUCCAGCGCCAAGUUCUGCGGCUCCAACGUCCUGAACCACUUCUUCUGCGACAUCUCCCCCAUCCUCAAGCUGGCCUGCACGGACUUCUCCACCGCGGAGCUGGUGGACUUCAUCCUGGCCUUCAUGAUCCUGGUGUUCCCGCUCGUCGCCACCGUCCUGUCCUACGGGCACAUCACCCUGGCCGUCCUGCGCAUCCCCUCGGCCACUGGCCGCUGGAAGGCCUUCUCCACCUGCGCCUCCCACCUCACGGUGGUCACCAUCUUCUACACGGCCAUGAUCUUCAUGUACGUCCGGCCUGAGGCCAUCGACUCCCGGAGCUCCAACAAGCUCAUCUCGGCCGUGUACACCGUGCUCACUCCCAUCAUCAACCCUCUGAUCUACUGUCUGCGGAACAAAGAGUUCAAGGAUGCCUUGACGAAGACCCUGGGCUUCAGGCAAGCUUCGCAGUAG